AUGGCGGACGGCCGCGUGUACAACUUCUCCGCGGGUCCCAGCGCCAUGCCGCUGGAGGUGCUGGAGGAGGUUCAGCGCGAGAUGGUCAACUACAAGGGCUCCGGCAUGAGCGUCAUGGAGAUGUCGCACAGAUCGAAGGAGUUCAUGGCCAUCGCCGCAGAGGCCGAGAAGAACCUGAGGGACAUCUUUGCCGUGCCCAGCGACUACAAAGUGCUGAUGUUGCAGGGGGGUGCCACCCUGCAGUUCUCUUCGGUUGUGCUGAACAUGCUUGGAAGCAAAUCCAAGGCGGACUAUCUCGUCACCGGCCAGUGGGGCGAGAAGGCACACAAGGAGUGCAACAAGUACGGGACAGGGCAGUUGGCUUGCAACACCAAGUCGAGCAAGUUCACCACGAUCCCUGCGAAAGCGGAGUGGAAGUUGGACCCUGAGGCUGCGUUUGUGCACUACUGCGCCAACGAGACCGUAAACGGGGUCGAGUUCAGCUACACGCCGGAUGUGGGCAGCGUGCCCCUGGUGGCUGACAUGUCCUCCAACUUCUGCUCCAAGCCAAUCGAGGUCGGCAAGCAUGCCUACAUUUAUGCGGGCAUUCAGAAGAACCUGGGUCCCGCAGGAAUGGCAGUAGGAUUCUUGCGGCCGGACUUCGCCGACGGCAGCAAGGAGAUGAAGAUCUGCCCGACUUAUUGCAGCUUCAAGACGACCGGCGACAACGGCUCCAUGUACAACACCCCGGCCUGCUUCACCCUGUACGUCAUGGGCGAGUACCUCAAGUACACCAAGAAGGUAGGAGGACUCUCCUACUGGGCAGAGCAGAGCGACAAGAAGAGCGGAUUGCUGUAUGGUACCAUCGAUGGCUCCGACGGCUUCUACCAAUGCCCCGUGGAGAAGUCUGCACGGUCGCGAAUGAAUGUUCCUUUCACAAUCAAAGGUGGUGAUGAAGCACUGGAGAAGAAGUUCCUGGACGAAGCCAAGAAGCACAAGCUCUACACCCUGGCUGGCCACAGGUCGGUGGGGGGAUGCCGAGCAUCCCUCUAUAACGGCAUGCCGCUUGAGGGUGUGGCGGCCCUGACGGACUUCAUGAAGUCGUUCAUGGACGAGAACCGCAAGUGA